AUGCAGUGCGUUUCCUGCAGCGCCAGAGUCCGAGUUACAACCCAGGCGUACCCAGCGAGGCUUUCAGCGUGGGUUGUUUCCGCGAAGGCACCAGCGCUAACGCAUUCACGAGGCGAACGCCCAAACUGCUGUGCAGCGAACGUUGACCGCUGCAAUGUGUCGCGAAGUGGCACGAAACCUUGCUCAGCAAGGCACAUCUUUUCCGGGCAGUUUGCUCCUCGGCGGCGCUUGGCGCUACCUGGGACCUCGCGAGUGAACACUGGUCGUUGCACGGCGUUUACCUUGCGGAACCUGGUGAGCGAGAGUGGUGGCACUGCGUUUGCGCUGCGGGACGCACUUGAACUGCUUGCGGCGACGGUGUUGACGAUUCCCGUGUUCAAGAAACUCCGUUUGUCGCCCAUACUAGGUUUCCUGCUUGCUGGUGUUAUCUUGGGGCCGCACGGACUGCGCCUCGUCCGUGAUGUGGAGGAUAUCACGGCGCUUGCUGACUUUGGUGUCCUAUUCUUAUUGUUUGAAAUGGGCCUUGAACUGUCCUUGAAACGACUGCGCGUGCUGCGCAAGUACGUCUUCGGAUUCGGAACCCUGCAAAUGGCGAUGACAACGGCAAUACUCGGGCUCGGUGCAUACUUGGUUGGUGGCGACGGUGUCAGUUGGCAAGAGGCGACCGUUAUUGGCGGGGCGCUCUCGCUGUCGUCUUCCGCCUUCGUCCUGCGGCUUCUACAGGAGCGUGGAGAGCAGAACUCCCGAAUUGGUUUGGCUACGUUCGGGGUGCUCCUUUUUCAGGAUCUUGCGGUGAUUCCGCUCCUCGUGCUGCUGCCGUUGUUGUCUGAUCUAGGCGAAGUCGCUGAAAGCAUGGGCACUCCGAGUGGAUUCUGGCACGAGUUGCAGCAGAUAUCGGAGCAACUCGGUUUGACUGUAAUCAAGGCGAUUGGCGGUCUCGCAGCGCUCGUUCUUGUGGGCGGGGCGGCGUUGCGCUUCAUUUUCGAUCUCGUGAAGGAGUCCAAGUCUCCGGAAACUUUCACAGCGAUGGUCUUGCUCACGGUACUGGGGACGGCUUGGGUGACAGACCACAUGGGCUUGUCGAUGACGCUGGGAGCAUUCAUGUCAGGUGUGCUCCUCUCGGAGAGCGACUAUCGAAACGAGAUUUCUGUGGAUGUAGAGCCGUUCCGCGGAAUGCUCCUAGGCUUAUUCUUUAUCACGACCGGCAUGUCUGCUGAUCUGAAUCUUUUCUGGCAGGAGCCGCUGCUUCUAACUGCGCUAAUUGCAACACUGCUCGUGGCAAAGUCGUCGAUCGCGACGCUCGUGGGGCGUCCUUUUCUCCCGACCUGGUCGGAGGCGGCACGAGUUGGUCUGCUUCUCGGACAGGGAGGUGAGUUCGCCUUUGUCGCGUUUGCAUUGGCGAAACGUUUGGGAUAUCUGCCGGAACCCGUGAACGCACUUCUGAUUGAUGCGGUCGUAGCAUCGAUGGCCUUGACACCGGCUCUGGCAGAGGUUGGCGCCCGCCUCUUCCGUCCUUCGGGUUCGGCUGCAAACGCGCCAGAAAAGCCUGCCAUGGAAGCAGACAUUUCAGCUACCGCAAAAGGCGACCACGCUCCGGAGACGGAGGAGCAGGCCGCCAUGGCGCCUGUGCCCUCCGACAGCGACACCGCCGUCGUUGCUGCAAGUGCGGUACCGUCUGAGUCCACACAGACGCUGCCGGGAGAUGUGGUCGACGCAAAUACUAUACCAGGACCCGAGGAACUGAAGGCGAUCAUCCCUGGUGAUCAUGCCCUCAACGAUAUGGUUGUCAUUUGUGGCUAUGGCUUGGCCGGACGGAUUGUCAGCUGUAUGCUGGCAAAGAAAAUUAUACCCUACAUCGCCUUUGAUCGUGAUGCACUCGUCGUGAGGCGCGCCGUAGAGCUCAGCGUUCCCUGUGUCUGUGCAGACGUUCGAAAUGUAGAUGCGCUGCGGGCAAUGGGGAUUGUAGCGCCUGCCGCUUUCGUGAUCACCUUCCAUGGGAGUCACUUUAUGGACACCAAGGAUUUUCGUGAAACAAUUGAAACGAUUCGAAAUGCUUUUCGUGAGAUUCCGAUUUUUGCCCGGGCACGCAAUCUCGAAGAGCGACGCUACCUCGAAAGCAUUGGGGUGCACGCAUCCUUUCCGGAGAGUUUCGAGACGAGCCUCUUUCUCGGCCGCGAAGUGCUCAAAUCGUUCACUCGUCGCGAGGCUGAAGUCGAAGCCAUUGUCACUGAGAUACGACGCAACGAGCAGCUUCGGGAGGAGUUUCAGCAAUGGGAAAUCUGGCACAACGCCGCACUGAGCCGCCGUUCUGCUGAGGCGGCCAUCGCGAGCUGGCCAACUGCUGCUCCCGAAUCGCCGACUCUGGACCACAACGGGACAUCUAAUGGAACCGUAACGGAUCCGAGUUCACGAGAAGCUCAAACCGCAGAGGAAGCUCGGCACAGUCGCUGA